CGCAACAUGGCGCAGCUCGCAGCAGGAUUUAUGCCGAAAAAUACCCGUUUUCAUGCUCCCAACCCAUAACAGUCUACGCAUUUACACUUUGGAUGAAGUAUACCCACUGCUCUGCGAUGGUGCUCCACUCCAGUAGAUGCAAGAUGAAAGUUGUCAAGUUGUUGAUGUUCCUACCCAUAGCAUUAUCGCUGUACCUACUGACCAGGGUUAUCGACAUCGAUUCUGCCACUGAAGUCAAGACGACGUCGUUGACGUCAAAACACCCACGCAGUCGCUACAUCAUCUACAACUGUGGUGGCAGAUUUGGACUUUGCGGCGGCUGGUCAGACCGUAUUAUGGGAAUAUUGAUGACGUAUUUUAUAUCACUCGCGACAAAUCGGAAAUUCGGAAUCGAAAUGACGUCACCACCAUGUAAUCUGACGUCAUACAUCGUACCAAACAUGGUAGACUGGUAUUCGAGCAUAGACGAAGUGGCCCAGCUUGGGCAUAAAACAUCGAAAGGCUUCCACAAUCAAUACAACAACCGCAACCUUGUGUUUCGUGCAAAAUCAGUUGACUUCGACAAAUGGUUAAGACAUGAUGUAACAUAUUUCAUAACAAACCUUGAUUAUGUAGAUUCGCUUAAGAUGAACCCACGCUACAUGGACGGCCCUCUGUCCUGGAUGAAUGACAUGACGAGAGACCAAGUGGUUGCAAAAGCUUACAAAGAAUUAUUUCAACUUUCUCCGAGUCUGAAUAGGAAAUUAACAGAUUUCAUUUCCAAAGCGAGGCCAACUUCUGAUUAUCAGCUAAUAUGUGCCCAAAUAAGGGUAUCGGAAUUAGGCCACCGGUCAACCACAUUAAAUGACGUUGACUUAAUAUGGGACUUUCUCAGACAAUAUGAUGACAUAAUGAAGUACAAGGUGUACGUUACAUCCGAUUCGGAAUAUGUCCGAAAUAAGGCUAAAACAUUAUUCCCCCGUCAAAUCAUAGAUAACGGAGGGUCCGUAUACCAUGUAGGUGAUAAUCCAAACGUACUUGGUUGCCAAGGGCUUGAGAAGGUGAUUUACGAUCAGCACGCUCUAAUGACGUGUGACGUGCUGGUGUUGACUUACAGCGGUGUUGGACGGCUGGCUGCAUACAUCAGAGGAAUGUCCGAGGGACUCUACUGCAUGGUGGACCACCGCUUGAUAAAAUGUUCUCCCAGCGAGCUUAAAACAUUAUAUAAUGUGUAGGAGUGACAUAUUAUUAGAAACCCCAUAGUAUUGCGAUAACCAACUGUUAAAUAAUGUCCAUUCAUGGAGUGGGUGUAUUGGUUGGCUGCACACGUUAGUGUAGUGAGUGAGUUGGGUUUAACGUCGCUUUGAACAUUAUUCCAGUAACAUCACGGCGUGUCAGAUUGAUGUGGGAGGAAGCCCAAACGGAUGCAGGCCUCAGACGUGUGACACUUUGGUGAAACCCCACAAGCACGGGUAAGGUGCUGACAAAUCAAGAAACCUGGAUUCGAACCACAACCAUAGGUUUCUGGCAUACCCAAGUGACGCACUGCACAGUACUGAAAAAAAACUGUCUGGUAUUUAAUACUGUAAACGCGAAAUAGUUCUACCUGUAUGCCGUUAUAUCACUUUGUUUUAUGUAAUACAUCAAUGGUAUGUAAAAUAUGCUCUUGUUCCAUGAAGGUUGAAAGCUUGUAAAAAGAUCAGUUGACAAGGUUACAAAGAAGAAAGACCCCAUCAUACAGGCUUGGGGAUCAACUUGUUGAAACAAACUGACGCGGAACUUGGCGAGAAGAAUUAAUCAAUCGCCCACUUACAGUGUUUGGUGGACAGAGCGUCUGCCCCAUAGUUAAUGCUUUCCCAAGAUACGGUCGGUACACUCCGAUCGGUCGAAUACCUACUGAAAUGAAACGUUCGAUCGAAAAACGCUUGGCUGCAUUUUUUCCCUAUCCGUCGAAUCGGCGCUUUAGCCAGCCAUGCAUGGUAACCUGUUUCAUAUCAACAGACGUAGAAAGAUUGUGACUGUUGUGACUGACGCCAGGCAUAAAGGUGCUGAAACAAGAACUGGUCGGCUCGGAGUCAGUACCGUGUCUGAGUGGGGUAUC